AUGACAUCAAAUUAUCCAGUUAACAGUGGCUUGUUGCUUCGUCAUUUACAAUCUAUGACUUUUGACUUUAAACCAGCAUCAAUAAAAAGCCCAGACCGUAUAAUGAUCGUUAAACAAAUACUUGAUGCAUCAUCAAAUCUUUCGCAUCUUGUAAAAAAUUGGAAAGAUUUUCAUCGAAUAUAUCCGGAACCUAAACAAUAUUUUAAUGUCCGUCGAUUAACUCAAUUAGCACCUCAUCUAUGUUGUUUUGAAACCAGUGGUGCAAACAUUAUGCCCGAUAAAAAUUUAGUUCAUGUUGUUUUAAAAAUAAUUCAUCGAUUUCAUCAACGGAUUAAAUUAGUAAUCAACGAAGAUAGCCUUUAUCGAUCUGAACAAAACGUAAAAAAUAUAUUUAAAGAAUCAUUAAUAACAGCUGGUCAUAAUCGAUUAUUUGAUUGUAAUAAUAUUAGAAUUCAGUUUUAUGCACGUGAUUCGUUACAUAUUUGGCGUUGA